AUGGGGGAAUGCGACGAAUGCUGCGACAACUGCGGCUGCAGGUGGAAGGACGUCUGGCGGCUCCUCCUCUGCCUUGCCGUUCUCAUCAUAGUCGCGCUCAUCGUCGUCCUCGUCGUCGCCUUCGCCUUCGUCCGCCAGGUCGUCGUCACCGUGGACGACGCCUCCCUCUCCCGGCUCGCGCUCGUCAGCACGCCGACAACGGCGUUCGCGUACAACCUGACGCUCACGCUCGCCGUCCGCAACCCGAACUGGGCGAUGAGCUUCAAGAACACGGAGCCACUGGAGGCCACCUACUCCUUCGACGGCCAGCCGUUCGACCGCGUCAGGCUUGCCGGCGAGGGCGACACGCACGGAGCCAAGAAGACGGUGCUGUACCGGAUCACGUCGGGAUCCGACAGCGCCUUCGUGGAGCUGGGAAACGCUGGCGUGGCCGAGUUCAAGAAGGAGAACGCGACGGGGGUGUUCGAGGUGGAGGUGGUCGUGUCUGGUGAGGUCAAAUACACCGCCCGUCUGAGCAAGUGCAAGAUCGAGGCCAAAUGCCCGCUCAAGCUACAGCUCCUGUUGUCCGGGGAGACGGUCGUGUUCCAGCAGGUCAAAUGCAAGCUCGCAAAGGCGGACAAGAACUGCUAG